AUGCCAGCAUCCGAGGGCCCACGGUCUGACCAGACCUUGUCGGACAUGCUGUCCGCACGAUCCUAUUUUGAAACACCGCGCGAAGGGUCUCAAAAGGACGACGAGGAGACAGUGUUGAGGGCACGGGAGCCACAAUCGAGAGAGUCCAACGCCGAGAUCGAGGGCAACCGGCGGCUAAGGCCACGGAAAAGACCACCGCCAGGAGACCCGAAGACUCCCGAACAAGCCCCCGAGAGCAAGACCCCAGACUCACCGGAUCGACCCGUGCGGAAACGGGGGCGGCCGAAGUUGGAUACGGCGAAGGAUGCCACUGCGCUAGAGGAACGGCGGCUGCAAAUCCGACGGGCACAACGGACCUAUCGUCUGAAGAAAGAGACAACCAUCCAGACCCUCAAGACUCGUGUAGCGGUGCUGGAGCAUACGCUGCAGAAUGUGUCUGACUUGCUGGACGUGGCUCACCAGGACGGUGGCAAUACUACGAGAAUAGCACCGGAUUAUAUGGCUCGCACGAGAGAGCUGGUGCUAGCGGAGAUCGACAAAACGCGACAUCCCCGAGAACACAACCAGAUUGAGCGGGCUGGCGGGGGCCUUGAUGAUGAUGAUGAUGUAUUCGGAUACCACGUCUUGCAAGCGGCGAACAGUGCCGACACAAAACACACACACGUCUACUAUCAUCAUCAUCAUAAUAACCCACAAAAACACCCAGCCUUCUUGCGAGCCCGAUCUCCCUCCCCACUAAUCAACCGCCUCCUCCCAACCUCAACCAUUUACACCUACAGCCACCAAGAGCGCGAUCUCUCCCACCGACUGCACCGCUUCAGCCUUGAACACAUCUACCGCUGGCUCACAGACCCAGGCUCAGACCCGGCGCUGUUGAGCCGCGUCUUCGGACUGUUCCCCUGCAUCCACGACAUGCCAGGCGUCAAGCGCAGCCUCCGGCGUGUAUUGCAAUCCGAGAUUGGCAGCGCCCUGGAAAUGGCCAAGUUGCCCUUCUACACUCUCGGAGGCGCGGGCACGCAUUUCCCGCGCCGUGACCAGGACGGCCAGCCGGUUUACCCGGAUAAUAUGCGGCGGCCGGGGAAGAUCCUACGGCGGCUGGCGAGGAUUCUGUGUCGGGGUGGGAUUCAGGAUUGGGAUGAGGAUUGGAGUGGUGAUAAGGAGCCCUGGUGUGGGGAGGAAAAGGGAAAGAGGGUCAGUGAGGAAGAUCGACUCCGUUCUUUGGAUCUAGAUGGAGACUGGUUCGAUUGUCAUGAUGUGCAGGGGUAUCUUGAGCAUCGGGGCAUUGUUCUGGAUGGCUCGUCGCUGCGGCUGGAGGUUCCUGCUGCGACGGUGGGUGCGUUGUAUGGGUUCUCGCUGGACCGCGCUGUCUCUUUUCCAUACUCUUCUCCCGAGGAAAUUUCUCCCGAUGAUAGUAUCAAGGAGCAAUCCUCGACCCCGUCGACACAUGUUCUGGAUGUGGAGUGUUUCUUUAAUUUGCUUCUGGUCAAUCUCCGCAUUCUGGGCCGCGCUCCUGGGUUUCGGCUCUGGGAUGUCGAUGCUGCUCUGCGAGGCGCAAUUCACCGUCGGCCUUUUGGCUGA